GCACCUCGCACUACGUCACAUCCGAUUCAAACAAUCAGCGCGCAAAGCCAUGCAAAGACUGCACGGCCCACAGACAACUUUCUUCUUUAUUGUGUCCCACGUUUUAGUGAAUAACCAAAACACAAUGGUGUUGCCAAGAGAAACAAACGCGUAGGUGUGACUGUAUGUUCCCGAACAGAAGUCAUUUAUGCUGUCAUCAUGUCCCAGACCAACACCUCUCUCCUGGACGAAGUGCUGCAGUGGAGUCAGGAAACCUGCCGCCAGGAGCUCUCCACUGUCCUGCCCAAACUCACCUCUUUGCAUAGUAACUCUGAGAAUUGGGAUGAGCAUAUACGUAUACUGAAGGUCAUUACAGACAUGUUCCUCCCUCAUAUUGGCUUGUCUGAGCUGGAAGAUGAAUGCUUCUCCAAGAUCUUACCAAAGUCUGUGACCAUGUUUGACAGCAUGAUCAAAGGAAUCUUGGACCAAGUUGGAGGGCUGUCCAGUCAAAACACUGAACUGUGUGGCCUACUAAGAAACAUUCUGCAGGCAAUGAUGCAGAUAAUUGAUGCCCUAUCAGCUUGUGUGCGUCACAUUGGCACAUUUAAGGAAACCCCUGACUUUGAUGCCAUCCGCUCGUUGCCGACUUGUAUCCUGAAAGUGCUGAGGGAAACCUUUCAGCACUGCAAGGAGAGUGAGGUGGUUUACUGUGGCCGUCUGUCCCUGGUGGCUGACCUGCUGCAGGGACUCUUCAAGGAGGCUUACUCCCUCCAGAAGGAUCUGUUGGACCUGCUGGACAGGAUCUCCCUGGACAGCAAUUCCUCAGAGGAAGAGGUCUCUGACAUUGUCACAGUGAUUCACAACCUGCUGGAUAUCUGCUCUAUCAUCUCCAACCUGGACAUAGCACUACAUGCAAACACAUGGAAAUUCCUCAUCAAACAGAGUCUGAAGUACCAGUCAUUGGUGGAGGAACAUCUACAUCACGGUGACAUCAGCAACAGCCUGUGUGACAACCUGUUGACCUCUUUCCACAACUGUGUGGAGAUGGCUGAACAGAUUAAACAUGCUGGUCUGCAGGAGGCAAAACAAAGCCCAGAAUACAAGCUGUUCCAGAAAACUGCCAAGAUGUGUCGUUUUUUUGCCAACACUUUGGUUCAUUACAUAAAGGAAUUCAAGUUUUUCCUGACAAAGUAUUGUAACUGCUAUCACCAACUCUACCUCCAGAUAAUCAGUAAGUUCCCUCCCAGCUUGUGCGCUCCAACAUUGCCCUCGGCUCUGUCCGAGGAGCUGAAUGCAGCGGCUCUGGUUCCCGUGGAUGCCCUCUUGCUCCAGCUGUUACCUUUAAGGCCCUUUGCAGAAAUUGUCCUCCAGCAUGACAUGCGGUUGACUCCUGACCUCGAGCUUCCUCAGUGUCUGCUGCUGGUGAGCGUCCUGGGUCAGCUCGCCUCCCAACCAGAGGAGGUGCUGCAGCUUUGGUACACUGGCAGCCAGUUUUCAGAGGAAACACCCAGGCUUCCUCUCUACCAGGCGUUGUUCACUAGUUUCAGGCGAUGCUAUAUUGAGCGUCGGGUACCUGUGCUGUUGCCAGGGGUGAUGAUGAAGGGCCAGGCCCAGGUCCUGGUCACUCUUCACAACCACAUUUGUGUGCAGCUCUGUGCCAGUGUGGCUGCGCUUCCUCCAGUGUACUUCCCCGUGCUGGAGCGUUGUUUAGUCAAUACGGUACUGCAGACUGCAGACACUCAGACAGCUCUACUGGCAACAGAUGUGUGGUGCUUUACAGCUCGGUAUGGAACAGCAGAACUUUGUCUACAUCAUGUCCUCCUCGUUGCUCAGCUGGUGAAAUCUUGCACCACUGAGUGUUACCAGUUGGUCCACGUGGGCCUGCUGCUCAAACGCAUGGUGUUCCUCAUGACGCCGAACCACCAGAUGCAGCUGGUAUCACGCUUUCCACCAUCUGAGGUGGCAAACCUUCCAGUAUGGCGACAUAUCCUUCUCAGAGCUCUGUCACAGGAUGCUCGUCACCGUGUAGAGGAAGACAUCAUUAACCUUACUCAAAAAGCUCUGACCGACUGGCAGACUGGAGGGUACAAACUAGGACAAGUGGACAAAGUGAACAUGGUGCUGUUAUCCCUCCUAGCGGUGGCUCGGGUACAAUCAUCUCCUGAGGAGCAGUGUGUGUUGUCUGCAAUGAGGAUAGUCACACAACUCUGGUUACGAAUGAGUCCAGACCAGGUGCUGACCCACCCUGUGCUCCAGUAUACUCUGCAGCUACUUCUUUCUAUAUCGGCCGUUUUAGUGAAAAACAUCGAACCACAAGUCAUUUGUCAGGCUCUGUUGUGUGUGGAUGCUGUGGUGUCUCAGAAGUGUGCAGAUCAGCUGCUGCUGGCUUCUCUGGAGUUCCUCUCCUCUCUGGGGAAGAUCUUUGUCCCCCCUGACAGCCAGAAUCAAAUUCUGCCGAGGCUGAGUAGCCUGUUUGGUGUCCUGUUGGCUGACAGAUCCUGGCUGCUUCAUCAGCACACCCUGGAGGCCUUUUCUCAGUUUGCAGAGAUUACAAACCACGAAGAGGUUAUUUCCCAAAGUUUGAGUGUAGAAGAUACCAAGACAAAGGUGGUGAACUAUCUUAGCAAGACUGUUAAUGCACAAGAAGAUGUGGAGUCAAGGCUACAGAGGCUCAAGCUGGAGACGGCAGUUAUUGAACAACACAAUGAGAGGCUGGAAGUUAACAAAGAAAAUGCUUCCAACAAACUCUCUGCUGAAGCUGUUGCAGAUUCAGAGCCGUGCCCGAAGAGAGCCCGGCAGGAGACCGGUGCAGAGGAGGAGUACGGCCGCUACAUCCAGACGGCUGAGAGUGCUUUGAAAGCCCUUCAGGCUCUCACCGAAGGCAAAGCCGACAUCACAGCUCCGCCUCCACCGUGGCUGGAACCCCGACUACAGGAGCUCCAGACCCUCAUAACCCACAUCAGCACAGCCACACACACAACCUAGCUGUGUACUAGUCUCGUUCAUUUAUAGAAUAACAGGCCUGUGGAGUCUGUUCA